AAGAGAGAGAAACCAGGGGAAGAAAAAUUAGAGAGAGAAGGCAAAAGAGGAAAGGAAGAGAGAGAAAAAGAGAGGUAGAGAGAGAAGGGAAGAAGGGAAGAGCUAGAGAGAGAGAGGUAUCGUCUCACAUGGCCUCCAUGCCCUUGGGGCCGCACCACCAACCACCACAGCCACAACCGGACAACAAUGAAGCUCUGAAGCUUGUUAGUCGACGCGCCUCCGAAAUGGAGACCGAUAAGGAUAUGUCAGCGUCAUCUACUGUUAUUGAGGGGAAUGAUCAGGUAACUGGUCAUAUCAUUUCGACAACCAUUGGUGGCAAGAAUGGUGAACCCAAACGGACAAUUAGUUACAUGGCUGAGCGUGUUGUUGGUACUGGAUCAUUUGGAAUCGUGUUUCAGGCAAAAUGUCUGGAAACUGGAGAAACGGUGGCAAUAAAGAAAGUUUUGCAAGACAGGCGUUAUAAAAAUCGUGAACUACAGUUAAUGCGUUUGAUGGAUCAUCCAAAUGUGGUUUCUCUGAAGCAUUGUUUCUUCUCCACAACAAGUAGAGAUGAGCUUUUUCUGAAUUUAGUCAUGGAAUACGUACCUGAAACCAUGUAUAGAGUUCUGAAGCACUAUAGCAGUAUGAACCAGAGGAUGCCACUCAUAUAUGUGAAACUUUAUACAUAUCAAAUUUUCAGAGGUCUGGCUUAUAUCCAUACUGUUCCUGGAGUUUGCCAUAGGGAUGUGAAACCACAGAAUCUGUUGGUUGAUCCUCUUACUCACCAAGUUAAGCUAUGUGAUUUUGGAAGUGCAAAAGUUUUGGUGAGGGGUGAAGCAAAUAUAUCGUACAUAUGUUCUCGUUAUUAUCGAGCUCCAGAACUGAUCUUUGGUGCAACAGAAUACACAACAUCUAUUGAUAUUUGGUCAGCUGGGUGUGUCCUUGCUGAGCUCCUUCUAGGCCAGCCUCUGUUUCCAGGAGAGAAUAAAGUGGACCAACUUGUAGAGAUUAUCAAGGUUCUUGGUACUCCAACUCGAGAAGAAAUUCGAUGCAUGAAUCCUAGUUACACUGAUUUUAGGUUCCCUCAGAUUAAAGCUCAUCCUUGGCAUAAGGUCUUCCACAAACGGAUGCCUCCUGAAGCAAUUGACCUUGCAUCACGGCUUUUGCAAUAUUCACCAAGUCUUCGCUGUACGGCUUUAGAAGCAUGUUCUCAUCCAUUCUUUGAUGAACUCCGUGAGCCCAAUGCUCGCCUUCCAAAUGGUCGCCCUUUGCCACCUCUAUUCAACUUCAAGCAUGAAUUGUCCGCAGCUUCACCUGAACUGAUCAACAGGCUUAUACCUGAACACAUACGGCGGCAGGCUAAUCAGAACUUCCCACACUUGGUAGGUACUUAAAAAAGAAAAUGUAAAGGUACAAAAACAUGGAAAUCAUCACUUUCCUCUUCUGGUGGUAGAUAUAGGUGAAUGGGAAGCAAAAGGGCCUCUGUGGUCUGUAUAUCCGAAUUGAGAGCAUUUUGGCCGAACGGCAGCUGUUUCUCCUCAUCCUUGCCAAAGAUGUACACACAUACUUGCUGUUCGGCUUAACUUUGGGAAACUGGUCAUUCCGUCGACAAAAUGUCAUUUUAGUAUAAAACAUAGUAUUUCCCUUCAUCUGUGUAAAUUGUUUUGAUCCUAAGAAUUCCAAAAAAAAAAAAAGGAAAAAAGAAAAAAAAGAAGAAGGUAGAGAGUAAGAGAAGGUGAUUCUGCUCAUUGUCUAUCUAUCUAGGGUAAGCACUCAAAUACUGUUUCGUCUUUCUAUUUUCCAAUUUAUUUCCCUCAGCUUUUAAUUUCGUCGCUCUGUUUGUUGCAAUUCCGGUCAUGAACUAUAUAUGUUGUAUUGUUUUAAAUUCAGCUGCCUCUCUCCUUCUCUCACCUAA